ACUUUUGAAAUUUGCAGUGACAAAAUUGCCACUGGGUCCUUUGACAAGACCUGUAAACUCUGGAGUGCCGAGUCGGGAAAGUGUUACCACACCUUCAGGGGUCACACAGCCGAGAUUACUUUUGAAAUUUGCAGUGACAAAAUUGCCACUGGGUCCUUUGACAAGACCUGUAAACUCUGGAGUGCCGAGUCGGGAAAGUGUUACCACACCUUCAGGGGUCACACAGCCGAGAUUGUGUGCUUAUCAUUCAACCCACAAAGUACAGUGGUUGCUACUGGAAGUAUGGAUACAACAGCCAAACUAUGGGACAUUCAGAAUGGAGAGGAAGUGGUCACUCUAACAGGUCAUUUGGCAGAAAUCAUUUCCUUGUCAUUUGACACCUCAGGAGACAGAAUCAUCACAGGAUCCUUUGACCACACAGUUGUAGUAUGGGAUGCUAGUACUGGAAGGAAGGUGCACACUUUAAUUGGCCACUGUGCUGAGAUCAGCAGCGCCUUGUUCAAUUGGGAUUGUUCUCUAAUAUUAACAGGCUCCAUGGACAAGACCUGCAUGUUAUGGGAUGCUACAAGUGGGAAAUGUGUAGCAACCUUAACAGGCCAUGAUGAUGAAAUACUAGACAGCUGCUUUGAUUACACAGGGAAACUUAUUGCAACAGCUUCUGCUGAUGGAACAGCAAGAGUUUAUGAUGCAACCACAAGAAAAUGCAUAACCAAACUGGAAGGCCAUGAAGGAGAAAUCUCAAAGAUCUCUUUUAAUCCCCAAGGAAACCGACUCCUGACGGGCAGCUCUGAUAAGACAGCCAGAAUCUGGGAUGUUCAGACCGGCCAGUGCCUCCAGGUCUUGGAGGGGCACACUGAUGAAAUAUUUUCAUGUGCUUUCAACUAUAAUGGAAACAUAGUCAUUACAGGCAGCAAGGACAAUUCCUGCAGGAUAUGGCGUUGACUGAAGGGCUCUGCUGUGGAGCAGGACUGUUGGCAACCGUGAUCAAGAACUUGAACUCCCAGAGAACAAGUGAGCCUAUUUCCUCUGCAUCCUCUUUUUGUGCAACUCACCC